GACUCAGCCUCCGGCCAACCGAUAUAAGACACGCCGGUAUCUACGAGACCGCAGUUCGUAUCAAACCUCCGCCUUGUGAUUAGUGAUUAGUGGUUACGCGAAUGUUUGUCAACGGUGUCGACGCUAUCAGUAGUCGAUUGGACAACAUCAAUUUAAACUAUACAACAAUGCAACCCAAAGCUGAGAGACCGCCGGUGUGCCCGAAGACGAAGUUGCCCCUGCUCCACCUGACGCCGUCAGAGAAGAAGGCGGACGGCAGCCCUCACCAGGGCGACGACGACCCUUGGCUGCUCAAACCCAACCACGACAUCCCGCCUACACCUCCCCCGCAGGCCGAGCCCAUCCAGAUGUACCCCGACCGAACCGGGUAGCUCGCAAAACGAACGAGCAUUCUCGAUUAUUGAAUAUUGAUCAAAAUAUACUUUCAUAUGGCAAGUUGCCAUCGCGUCGGAAGACGGACUUUUAUACAAAGGCGUGUAAAAAUAAGCCUAACUCCAUUUUAUUGCGGAACUACGUAAAUACAUGUGGUGUCGGGACAGGACUUUGACCGCCGGAUCCAGCGUAGACCUCAUGUUGCUCAAAUGUGUCAACUGGUGCUUAGGACGCGGAAUGUCGGUGGAAAUGAAUGUGAUGAUGUUUAAAGUUUAGAAGACUUACGCGAAUUAAAGACAGCUACUGUUUAGAUAGAUACUAAUUUGCUAUUGGCGAUGAAUUAAAAAAGAUAAUAACAAAAUGACAAUACAUGAAUACAUAAUAGAUGAAUUAAGUAAGAUACUCAUAAUUUUAAUAUUUACUGUUUGUGCAACUAACAGCCAACAAUUUAGUUACCUACUACUUAUUAAGAAUUUGUAAAAUAAGUUUUGAAAUAAAAAAUAAAUGAUUCAUGUGUA